CAUUGAUUGCGAUGAUGAAUAGAAUCAGUCCUCUCAGUUUAUGUUCUUUUAACUAAGAUUUGCUAACAAGGAACUGCGGGGAUAGUUCGUUGGAUUGAUUAACCCUAUGUAGCCCUAUUGGUCUAAUCCAAUUGGUACCAUCAGAUUCUCUAGUAAUUUAAAUGACCGCUAGGCGAAUUGUCAAGUUGUGAUAGUUCAUUGGUGACAAGUUGGAUUUGACAAGUUGUGUUAUAAACUUAGACCUGUUGCUGAAGUGUGAAUUCCAUGAGGAUUAUGUAACGUGCCUGGGAGUCUGAGACAAACUCUGGAACAAUGCUGACCUGCAUGGAGAGCUGGAGCCAGCCCUGGAGCCGGAUGUUUUACCUGCUGUCACCUGUCCUGCUGUUGCUGACACAAGUGGUGAGUCACCAGUCCGACACGGUCAAGCCUGUCCACGUCAGUGUUGCCAGCAAGAACGUCACAGUGGUCACCGGAAGUACAGCCGUGCUGCCGUGCUCUGUGGAUUUCCUCGGUCACUACAAGGUGGUGUGGAUGCUGGACAAAAAGGUGUACACCCUGGAGGAGAAGCGCAUCAUCACAGACGACAGGGUCAGCCUAGAGAGGCCGUACACCAAGGAGUGGAACCUGCACAUCCGCAAGGUCGAGCCCAACGACUCGGGGACGUACCACUGUCAGAUCAACACCAACCCUAUACAGGUCAGGCCUGUCCAGCUCAUUGUCCAUGAGCCACCAAAGAUCAUCGACCACCUAUCCACGCCAACCAAAGUCUUCGUCAGAGAAGGCGACACGGUGGAAUUGGUGUGUAACGUUACGGGAAUUCCCGCACCGACUGUGACGUGGCACCGCGUCAAGAGCGAACACAGGCACGGCGAUGAGGAUAGAGGAUCAAAACCAAACCUGGGCAACCCGGGGGAGGUGCUGGUGAUCCACAACGUGUCCAGGUACUGUGACGACAAGUACGAGUGUGUGGCCUUCAAUGGGGUCGACCCUGUGGCUGUGAGGGAGAUUGACGUCAACGUCCAGUUCGCCCCAGAAGUGAGGCUGCCCAACAAAAAAAUCGGCCAGGUCCGGGGCAAGCAGACGAUCCUGGAGUGUGACAUCACAGCCGUACCCCACCAGUACAACGUCUGGCGGCGGUACGGCAGGGACAUCUCCAGGAACCCCCGGUACACGACGGAGGUGUUCCCCGAGGACGAGAAGGUCACUAUCACCCUCAAGGUCGUGCCCUUGGCUGACGAGGACUAUGGGGAGUACGAGUGCUUCGCCAGUAACUCUUUGGGGAACGAUUCAGAAACCAUGAUCUUACACGAGCUACCAAAACCUGAUUCUAAGACGACAACAACGCCGAGACCGACCUGGGGUGAGAACUUGGAGGAACGCAGCAACCAGGAGCACUACAGCGAGACUCAUUCGUGGGGAUCUAACAAUCAGGGGAAAGAUCGUCAACCCAAUCAUCGAAAGGAUGGAGGAGAUAACCCAACAUUUGACGUCAAAGAUUCCAAGAUCGGAUCCGUGAUUUCAGAUCCACAAGAUGACGGAUACAACACAGCCGUCAGCGUCAAGCCGUGGAAUGCGUGGACAGCGGUCACCAUGGUGAUAACAGCGUUACUGUUGUGUACAAGAUAACAACGUCGUUCAGCGCCACCAUUACGUCACUUCCUGCGCGUCCUCUAACUGUGGGUACAUCGACGGUUUACCUUCUGAUAAAUCCUCCAGCAUAUAACAAACCCUGUUAUUUGUAAUACACCAAGUUAAACAGUUGAUGCUUGUAUUUAACAACGUAGCGUCAUAUCCAACAAGUCCAUAUACAAAUUGUAUUUCAUACACAUAAAUCGAUCUAGUUAAUUUAUUGGGACUUCGAUCUUUGGUCGACUUGAGGUUUCAAAUAUAUUUUGAUAAAUUAAAAUGUACAUUUCAUAUGUCAUAAUGUCACGAUUUAUCAUCGUUUUAACUAUCGCCAAUUGUGAAUAUGCAUUGUGCGUCUAGUAUUUGUACUAUGUAUUCAGACCUUUUAAAGGUAUAUGGAGGAGAAAAACAUUUUAAAAUAUUGCAAUAUUCGCAUGGUAACUUUUUCCGUUAGUCGAAUGUUUUCCUUAGCUUUUACAUUCACGUAGUGAUUUCAUUUCUGUGAUCUACAUCUUAUUCUCCUGUGUUCAACUUCUUAAUGUCAUAUCUACGUCAUGUUUUAUCAAAGUCAUGUGUGAUAUAUGUCAUAUGUGAUUUAAGUCGUGUAUGCCUGUGAUCUACGUCCUGUGUGAUCUACGUCAUGAGAUCUACGUCCUGUGUGAUCUACGUCCUGUGUGAUCUACGUCAUAUGUGAUCUAUGUCAGGUGUGAUCUACGUCCUGUGUGAUCUACGUCAUGUGUGAACUACGUCAUGUGUGAUCUACGUCCUGUGUGAUCUACGUCAUAUGUGAUCUAUGUCAGGUGUGAUCUACGUCAUAUGUGAUCUACGUCAUGUGUGAUCUACGUCCUGUGUGAUCUGUCAGGUGUGAUCUACGUCAUAUGUGAUCUACGUCAUGUGUGAUCUACGUCCUGUUUGAUCUACGUCCUGUGUGAUCUACGUCAUAUGUGAUCUACGUCCUGUGUGAUCUACGUCCUGUGUUAUCUACGUCCUGUGUGAUCUACGUCCUGUGUGAUCUACGUCAUGUGAUCUACGUCCUGUGUGAUCUACGUCAUGUGUGAUCUACGUCAUGUGUGAACAAAGUCCUGUGUGAUCUACGUCCUGUGAUCUACGUCCUGUGUGAACUACGUCAUGUGAUCUACGUCCUGUGUGAUCUACGUCCUGUGUGAACAAAGUCCUGUGUGAUCUACGUCAUGUGAUCUACGUCAUGUGUGAUCUACGUCCUGUGAUCUACAUCCUGUUUAAUCUACGUCCUGUCUGUGUAUUUGAGUUAGAAUAAGACCUGGUGAUAGUACAAUGUACGGCCAUCUUUAAUUCACUUGUUUUCAUGCUAUUGUCUGUCUGUUAUCUUUUAUUGAACUCGCUCAAUUACAACUUGUCCAUGUCGUGUUUUUUUUUUUUUUCUGGUGAUCAUUUCUUCGCCCUGUAGUUAUCUGUGUUAAAGGUAGGAAUAGCACUGCCUGCAUUAUCAAUAACACACCAAUCAUUUAAACUGAUUAUUUAAAACAUGUAAAGGCCGUUGUUGGUUCAUGUAUAAACAGAAGUGUCUCUUUUAUGCUGAAGCUAUUACAUUAGUUUUGAGGCUAUAGAAAACGUUAUUGAAUCAUUAGUGUUAUAAGUGUUAUCAAAGAUUCACUUGGGCUUUACUGAGUGCCGAUACCAACACAGAUUGUCUGAUCUUGAUCAUACAGAUAGCCCGCUGAUAGCCCACAGAUAGCCCGCUGAUAGUCCAUUGAUAGCCCACUGAUAGCCCACUGAUAUCCCAUUGAUAGCCCACUGAUAGCCCACUGAUAUCCCAUUGAUAGCCCACUGAUAGCCCACUGAUAUCCCAUUGAUAGCCCACUGAUAGCCCACUGAUAUCCCAUUGAUAGCCCACUGAUAGCCCACUGAUAGUCCAAUGAUAGCCAACUGAUAGCCCACUGAUAGCCCACUGAUAUCCCAUUGAUAGCCCACUGAUAGUCCAUUGAUAGCCCACUGAUAGCCCACUGAUAGUCCAUUGAUCAGCACAACUGCCCAACAUCUAAAUAAUGAGAUCUAACAUGACCGAACUUGUUUAUUGUGAAAACGGAUACUUCAGUCAUGCGCAAGAUAGACUUCUUUCUUGGGGCAUAGUUCAACCAAUCAUAGCUCUUUAUUUUGUGUGAACUCUUCUCUAACCUACUGUUAGUCACAAUGGUAUUAUACAGCUGUGUUUUGUCACAUUGUAAUUAUUUUAUCACAACGUAACUUUGUUUUGCUACAAUAUAACUGUGUUUUGUCACAAUGGAACUAUUUUAUCACAACGUAACUGUGUUUUGUCACAAUGUAACUGUAACUGUUUUAUAACAACGUAACUGUGUUUUGUUACAACGUAACUGUGUUUUGUCACAUUGUAACUAUUUUAUCACAACGUAACUUUGUUUUGCUACAAUAUAACUGUGUUUUGUCACAAUGGAACUGUUUAAUCACAAUGUCACUGUGUUAUGUCACAAUGUAACUAUUUUGUCGUAACUGUGUUUUGUUACAAUGUCACUGUGUUAUGUCACAAUGUAACUAUUUUGUCGUAACUGUGUUUUGUUACAAUGUAACUGUGUUUUGUCACAAUGGAACUGUUUAAUCACAAUGUCACUGUGUUAUGUCACAAUGUAACUAUUUUGUCGUAACUGUGUUUUGUUACAAUGUAACUGUGUUUUGUCACAAUGUAACUGUGUUUUGUUACAAUGUAACUGUGUUUUGUCACAAUGGAACUGUUUUAUCAUAAUGUAACUUUGUUCAAAUGUAGUCACGUAUAUUUGGUUGAAAUGUUUCACUAAAAUGUGUUUCUGUGUUCAAUGAAACUAUCGCCCUGUCCUGUAGAAAUGUUUCACUAAAAUGUGUGUCAGUCUGUGUUCAGUGAAACUAUCGCCCUGUCCUGUAUUUAGAGUCGCAUUUCUCUAUGGCCUGUGGCUUAUUUUACUCUUGUAUUUAUGAACCAAUAGUUGGAUGUUUCUAGAAGAUUGUUGAUUUAUUCAUAUGGUUUGAUGAAAGUUUCUAUACUAUGUUUUUGUGUAAAUAAAUGUCGUUAAUUCGAUUAAAAGCAUUACAUUUAACGAAGCUAAUCAGCCCCUUCAUUGCAUCAAUAUUUUAUUUAAGAGAUUGUCCCUGAAAAACUAAUUGAUUGAAAUACAUGAAUAAUUUCUGACACAAAAUACACGCUAAUUUUAACGAGAAAGCGGGCUUUAAUAAGAUAGGGUAAAAAGCAAAUGCCAGAAGUCGCUGAGGGGGGGGGGUAGAUGGGGAGAACUAAGGAUAGGUUGUGGGUUUGUGUACAUAAUGAAUAGGAGGCAUUAUGGCUCAGAUGAUAACCUACACUGUUUUGCCUGCAGACACUUAUUUGACUAUUAGUUUAAAACAAUGAACAGCUAAACAUUCAAGAUACAAAAUGCAACAUGUAAAAACGUUGAGGGGUGGGUGUCUGCACGACCAUCCUCAAUUGUCAGCUUUUGUGGGAUUUUAACAGCUGUUUACUUUUUGCCCACGUACCCAAAAAAUGUCACCAAAAAAUAGCGUCAGGCUAAGUUAGGCUUCGACAUCCUGCCCUAAAACAUGGGUCUAAUGAGGAAAUGAAAUGCUUCUCAUCUCUUUAAUUAUCUUUUAGUGGCGUAGGUAGGGAGUGUAAAAAAAAAGGGUUUGAGGGGCAGGGAGCCUCUGUCUUAUCUUUUAUCUUUAAAUUGCAUGAAAAUAUUGUUGGCUGUCGGUUAUCAGAUUCCCGCCAAAUUGUGGAUAAGUUAAAAUCGGCUACGGUUCCGGAAGGAUUAGGUUUCUAGAUCUAUCAAUUUUUUUUUUAAAGUUUUAAUCAAUACAACUAUAAAUGCUGUAGGUAUCCGCUUAAAUUUAUUUGUUUAAAAAGUUAAAUUAUUAACGCAAAAAUAUUGACAUAUUCUUUAAUUCACUUUAAAAUUAAAUUUAUUUCAUUAUUUAGCUAUAUCAGAAAGAAAAAAAAUCCCAGUUUAACCCCCCUCCUCCCCCUCUAUUCAUUAUUCUUGAACACACGUCAAACCCACCCUCCCGCCUCCGUGCGUGACGUCAUUUAUGGAAGACCCCAACAAGUUAUUCAACAUAUCUUGGUACAAUCAUUCAUCAAUGUUGGAACCUUGUCACAGCCCAUACAUUUCCAUUCUGCUGAUACAUUUAUAUGUCGUGUAAAAUAGAAUGAUAGGUCAACCGAAAGAUAUCAUUAACAUAUUUCUCCUAUUAUACGUCAUUGUCGACAUGAACUCAGCUCAAACUUAACAAUAAAUGGAGACGACCUUCAACCCAUGAACCAGAUUGCCAAGUGCUGUGUUCUAUAGUUCUAUUGUGUUAGUUUAGCGGCUUCGCAUAAAAUCAAACUGUUGCGAGGUGGUGUAUAAUAUUCGCUUGCAGUAUAAAAAAAAAGCUCAUCGUGCAUGAAGGGAAACAACUGUAAUUUUUCUAAUAAUGAGUUAUCUAUCAAUCACACAACUUAUGCCAGUCAAUGUAUUAUUAUUUGUGUAUAUAGUAUUAUAUACGAUUGUGCGCGUUUAUUUCAAACUUUUAUCUUAAUAAUAAUAAAAAUGUCAAGUUAUAUAGCCUCAAUUAUUUUAACUUUGUACAAUUUGUUCUAUUUAAUUUAAUAGCCGCGUAAUUAAUUAAUAAAAUAGUAGGGCCUAAUAUAACUUAUUUGAUUUGAAUCCUUAGGGCUUAGGCCAACUACAUUUUUGUACCUUUUCAUUUUAGAAAAUGAACCUAAAAUUUACGUUUCUGUUUACUGUUUGUUUCUGGAUGUGUAAAACCUCACUCAACGAAUACUCAAAUAGUGCUGUUGUGGGCACAAUUAUUUAUCAACACUUGGUUUGAAACAAACACAUUACACCACAAUGGCAGUAACAAGAAACACAAUGCUAGUCAAGUUGAAACAACCAGGAAUUUAUAGCCUAUUGCUUUCGUUUACUGUUUUAUUUCCCUUACAUUAAAUCACUACAUUUUCUUUACAUCAACAGUGCUUGAUUUUAAUUAUUCUUAUGUAGAUCAGAACAGCAAGUAAUUUAAGAUCUUGAACAAUAAUCUCAAUUUAUUGUAUUACUACUUUUAGAAAUGAUGACUGUUUUUGUGCACGAAUUUAUAUCAAUAUAUAAAACUUAGUAGGAAAAUGUUACAAAUGUUUGCGUUUCUGAAAUUAUUAAAUUUAAAUAUACCGGUAAUUUAUAUAUUGUACAAUUAAAACCAUUCUUUUUUUUAAUUCCAAGAAUAUUAUUAGUGUAAAUUGAAACUAUUAAAUUAAGUCUCUGUGCUGCUUUCAAAAGUACGAUAAUUUUUUACCGAUCCUUUUUGUAUUUACUUUCAAUAAACUACAAAUUUUCAUUAAAACUCGAUGCCACUGACAAAAUCUUUUGAAUGUGUACUAUAAAAAGCAGUUCAAUCAUGAUGUAUUAAAUUAAAUGUAACAUUGUAAACUCAUGGUGAUCAAGUUUUUAAAUAAACACAACUUUUUAAAAUGCUGAUUUUUAAAAAUGCUGUCCACAAGUAAUAAAUUGUCAUUCAUCAUUAUAUUAAACAGUAGUUUUCAUUGUAACUGAUCAAAUUGUCAUACGGUAUGCAAGAGGAUGGUGUGUCAGAGUAUUUUUCCAAUUCAGCUUAAAUUGACAUUACAGUUUUUUAAACAUUUGUUAUACAUGAGAAACUGAAGCAUUUAAAAACAUUUUAACUCCCCAGAAAUAACUAGCUUUAGGAUAGGUAGUUUGAUUUCAAAUGAUCCGUAUGUAUGUAUAUAUUCAAGCUUACAAUAUUUAAU